UCUGAGAACACAGAACAGAACGCCUGACUCAGGCAGGCAGCUGCGGCUCUUGAAACGGCGCCGGCCCUGCACGCUCCCUCCUGGGGUGAGCGCUGCCACCAACAUGAAGCCAGCCAGCUUGUGCUGGCUGAGCUCGGCUGUCCUUGCUGCUUACAGCUUGUUGGUUGUGGCAAACAAUGAAACGGAGGAAAUUAAAGAUGAAACGGCCAGGGAUGCCUGCCCGGUGCGACUAGAAAGCAGAGGGAAAUGCGACGAGGGCGGCCAAUGCCCCUACCAGGUGAGCCUGCCCCCGUUGACGAUUCAGCUCCCCAGGCAGUUUGGCAGGAUCGAGGAGGUGUUCAAGGAAGUCCAGAACCUCAAGGAAAUGGUAAAUAGCCUGAAGAAAUCUUGCCAGGACUGCAAAUUGCAAGCUGACGACAGCCGGGACCCAGGCAGAAAUGGACUGCUGUCACCUAGCCCGGGAUCCCAGGGAGAAGCCGAUGACAACAGAGUUCGAGAAUUAGAGAGUGAGGUGAACAAGCUGUCCUCUGACCUAAAGAAUGCAAAGGAGGAGAUCGACCUGCUUCAGGGUCGCCUGGAGAAGCUCAAUCUUGUAAAUAUGAACAACAUAGAAAAUUAUGUUGAUAGCAAAGUGGCAAAUCUAACUUCAGUUGUCAAUAGUUUGGAUGGCAAGUGUUCGUCUAAGUGUCCCAUUCAAGAACAAAUACAGUCACGUCCAGUUCAACAUCUGAUAUAUAAAGAUUGCUCUGACUACUACACAAUAGGCCAAAGAAGCAGUGAGAUCUACAGAGUUACACCAGAUCCCAAAAAUAGUAGCUUCGAAGUUUUCUGUGACAUGGAGACCAUGGGGGGAGGCUGGACAGUGCUGCAAGCCCGUCUCGACGGAAGCACCAACUUCACCAGAAUGUGGCGAGACUACAAAGUAGGCUUUGGAAACCUCAGAAGAGAAUUUUGGCUGGGGAACGAUAAAAUUCAUCUUUUGACCAAGAGUAAGGAAAUGAUUCUAAGAAUAGAUCUUGAAGACUUUAACGGUGUCAAACUCUAUGCCUUGUAUGAUCAGUUUUAUGUGGCCAGUGAGUUUCUCAGAUACCGUUUACACAUCGGUAACUAUAAUGGCACAGCUGGAGAUGCCUUACAUUUCAGUAAACAUUACAACCAUGAUCUGAAGUUCUUCACCACCCCAGAUAGGGACAAUGAUCGAUAUCCCUCUGGGAACUGUGGGCUCUAUUACAGUUCAGGCUGGUGGUUUGAUGCAUGCCUUUCUGCAAACUUAAAUGGCAAAUAUUAUCACCAAAAAUACAGAGGUGUCCGUAAUGGGAUUUUCUGGGGCACCUGGCCUGGGAUAAGUGAGGCACAGCCUGGUGGCUACAAGUCCUCCCUCAAAGAGGCCAAAAUGAUGAUUAGACCCAAGCACUUUAAGCCAUAAAUCACUAAUGCUCAUUCCUCUGAGUAUUCAUUACCUAAUAGGGCAAUUAAUUCCUUUAGCACUUUGGAAUAUGUUUCAUACUCCUUUUCUGUGACUAAAAAUUUAUCUCUAAGCAGUGGGUUCUUAUGCUACACAGCAUUUGAAAUAAAGCUGAAAAAAUAUACAUUUUAAAGGAGUUCUUUGUUGCUGUUACACUGUUAUCCAAAUGAAUACUUGCAAAGCAAGUGGGAUUAUUGAGAAUUACACAAGUAGAUUUAUGAUUUUCUUAACUUCUAUAAUUAAAAGUUUUCUAUUUACUUGUAUUACUCACUAUAAUUAUGAAAUCAUUGUUUAUUUAGCAAGCUGGAUUUUUACACAAGUAAUCUGAAUUUUUAUUGUGACUUAAAUACAGUUAAUGGUAGAUCACUCUUUUCAGGCUGUCCUCAGUUAUUGGAUAUUUCUUUGUCUCUGAAUACCCUAAUCCUCAUUCUGAGAUAAACUUUCUCAAUUUAUGGCAUUUACUUUGGUUCAGGAAGACCCUACAGCAUUUUAGUUCUCAGAUGAAGGGAAAUAUAUAGAAUUAAACCUGUUCAGGUACUAUUUGUGAAAUGUAACAUAUUUGUCAUUUAAAAUAUUUUAAAAGUGAUAGCAUAAUGUCACUCCUAAAAGCAUUCAGAAAAUUCAACCUUAAAGACCAUGGUUUCAAGGUAAUUAAUUCACAGUUAAUAACUAUUUAGGUGUUGCAUGGUGAAAACUGCUUUAAUAUAAAAAUUAGCUUCCUUUGCUCUGUAUGCACUAUAGUUUUUAAGAUUGCUCACUACUGUGCGUGACUACUAGUAGGCUUUCUUUUGGAAGGAUAGGUGUGGGUGGGGAAUAAAGCAUUUAUUUAUAGACUAGAAUACUCUGAAGGCCGAAGCAUUUAUAUCCAAAGCAAUAAUUUCAUUAAGUGAUUCACUUCAUAGAAAGCUAAGUUUUAUAGGACGUAUGAAUUUUGAAAUAUAUAGUAGUUCAAAUAUUAUGUAUUUCAAUCCUAACUGGUGUAUUGCUUAUUUUUUUUAAAGCUUUAAAUACAGGUGUUUAUUUUUUUAACCAAAUUAAAAUAUCUGACACUUUUAUAAUUCACUAAUUCUGGAGUGUGGGUAUCAUUUUUAAAACAUUAUAAAAAGUAGUGUGUUAAAUUUCAUCACUGUAAAAAGGGAUCAUUUCAGAGAGAACAGUAGUAUUCUGUUGAACAUUUAAAAAAAUACUCUAGAAUAAAAUUUGAAUAAAAUAAUGUGAGCCAUAGAAAUAUAUUUAAUCUUUAAUUUCUAGUUUGUUUCUACUACAGUAACCAAGUUUUCAAAAUAAACUCAUGAAGAUGCAACUUUACUCCUUUGAAAAUGAUUAAGGAGGAUAGUUGCUUUAGGUAACAAAUUAACUUUUUCAAAUAUUGCCCUUUAUAGAAAAAUCUAACCAAAAAGAAGCAAGAUAUUCUUUAAAAAAUAUAUGACAUACAAAGUUCUCAGUACGCAUGAUAAAAAUUAGGUUAUUACGAACACUAUUAAAAUGUUAAAGCAAGAGAAAUGCAGAUAGAAUUAUGAUGACCAAAAUGUAAAAUAUCAUUAUAGAUUUCAAAGGAUUCAUAUCUACUCAAUAGUUUAAUAGAUGUAAAUGUAACCGAUUUACUCUUCAUUUCUCUCUCUUUUCUUUUAAAAAAAGAUUAUGAAGAUUUCGAUAUACAGUGUAUUUAUUUCAGAUAAGAGGAUUUUCAUUUACUAUAUGUAAUUAUUAAUAUAUGUGUAGGUUUCAGUAAAUUUCUGUGAUCAAAAAUGGACUCGUCAGGCAGGAUCUUAUCCCCUCAAACUUCUAUUUCUCACACAAUGAAAAAAAGAAAAAAAAUGGACUCUUCAUGAAAUAACAGUUCUAAAGAAAAAGAGCUCAUAUAGUGAGUGUCCACUGACUUAAUGGGAACGAGGUAUCAUUUCAGGAGAUUUGGCAAAUAAUUCAUUAACCCAUGUAAAUAUUCAAAAGCUUGUCCUUUUAUCUUUCUACCUUAUUUCAAAGGAUCAAAUUUUAUUUUCGAUUAUACUUUUAUGGUACUUUUCUAAUAAAAAUUUCUGUGACAUAGAAAUUUCUUUUUGAAAUCAUUUCAUGUCAUUUAUAAAAAAUAUAUUUUAUACUUUGAUAUCUUUAACAUGUUGAUGGAAACAGAUUAUAUCUGGGAGUCUUUUGCCUUAACUAUUCACUAAUAUAUGCUAAUGUUCAUAAAUGUGGAUUGAUUAUUAACAAAUAUUUCAGUCUUGGUUCCAUUUUAAAGGCUAAUAUUUAUCUUAGUUAAGACUUUAUUUCUAAGCUUUAUCAUUCUUUGAAAAUGUUGACUAAAAUUAGUCCUUAGAAAUUCCAAGUGAAACUAAUUCACUCAUUGCUGAGAAGAAAGAUCACAUUUUUCUUAUAAGCAGUAAUGUUUCAAAUGAACUAAUGACACAUCUGUCCAGUAAAAUAAAGAGCUUAAAUAUAUGAAGCAUGAAAGAUAUCCUGGUAACAAAAUUUGUUGGUCCUUAUUUUUGAAUGGCUGCUCAAGGAAAGUUUUUAAAAGUUAAAGUGAUAGAUAAAGUCAUGAUAAGCUUUUGUUUAGAAUUCUUAUUUUCUUUUAUGUAUAAAUAGGUUUAUGUCUUUAACAACCCUGUAAAAUAAAAGAUUUAAUCUUCACCUCUA